CACCGCUGGGGCCCCGAUGAGUAACUCCAGGAAUAACCGGGUGAUGGUGGAAGGGGUCGGCGCCCGAGUAGUGCGCGGCCCGGACUGGAAGUGGGGGAAGCAGGACGGCGGCGAGGGCCAUGUGGGCACGGUCCGGAGCUUCGAGAGCCCCGAGGAGGUGGUGGUGGUGUGGGACAACGGCACCGCGGCCAACUACCGCUGCUCCGGGGCCUACGACCUGCGCAUCCUGGACAGCGCGCCCACCGGCAUCAAGCAUGAUGGAACCAUGUGUGAUACCUGCCGCCAGCAACCAAUCAUUGGCAUUCGAUGGAAAUGUGCGGAGUGUACAAAUUACGAUUUGUGCACAGUUUGUUAUCAUGGAGAUAAACAUCAUUUAAGGCAUCGCUUUUAUAGAAUUACUACACCAGGAAGUGAGAGGGUUCUGUUAGAGUCUCGUAGAAAAUCUAAGAAGAUUACAGCCAGAGGGAUCUUUGCAGGUGCCAGAGUGGUACGAGGAGUGGACUGGCAGUGGGAAGAUCAGGAUGGAGGAAAUGGACGUAGGGGAAAGGUAACAGAAAUCCAAGACUGGAGUGCAUCAAGCCCACAUAGUGCAGCAUAUGUUCUCUGGGAUAAUGGUGCUAAGAACCUUUACAGAGUUGGCUUUGAGGGCAUGUCUGAUCUGAAGUGUGUCCAGGAUGCCAAAGGAGGUUCUUUCUACAGAGAUCACUGUCCUGUGCUAGGUGAGCAGAAUGGCAACAGGAACCCUGGUGGAUUGCAGAUUGGUGACCUGGUCAAUAUAGAUCUUGACCUAGAAAUUGUACAGUCUUUACAGCACGGUCAUGGAGGAUGGACUGAUGGCAUGUUUGAGACUUUAACUACAACUGGAACUGUUUGUGGCAUUGAUGAAGAUCAUGACAUAGUAGUACAGUAUCCAAGUGGCAAUAGGUGGACCUUCAAUCCUGCUGUUCUCACUAAAGCAAACAUUGUCCGAAGUGGGGAUGCUGCUCAGGGUGCAGAAGGAGGCACCUCACAGUUUCAAGUGGGGGAUCUUGUUCAAGUUUGUUAUGAUCUGGAAAGAAUUAAACUUCUACAAAGAGGACAUGGAGAAUGGGCUGAAGCUAUGCUCCCAACUUUAGGUAAAGUUGGCCGAGUACAACAGAUUUAUUCAGACAGUGAUUUAAAGGUAGAAGUUUGUGGAACGUCUUGGACAUACAAUCCCGCAGCAGUUUCCAAGGUGGCAUCUGCAGGAUCAGCUAUAAGCAAUGCAUCUGGUGAAAGACUCUCCCAACUCUUGAAGAAAUUAUUUGAAACCCAAGAAUCUGGUGACCUCAAUGAAGAAUUAGUUAAGGCUGCUGCCAAUGGAGAUGUUGCUAAAGUGGAAGAUUUGCUAAAAAGACCAGAUGUGGAUGUAAAUGGACAGUGUGCUGGUCACACAGCUAUGCAAGCUGCUAGUCAGAAUGGACAUGUUGACAUUUUGAAGUUACUUUUGAAGCAAAAUGUGGAUGUAGAAGCAGAGGAUAAAGAUGGAGACAGAGCUGUUCACCAUGCAGCUUUUGGAGACGAAGGUGCUGUUAUAGAAGUGCUGCACCGAGGGAGUGCUGACCUGAAUGCUCGAAACAAGCGCCGGCAGACGCCACUUCAUAUUGCUGUCAACAAAGGUCACCUUCAAGUGGUGAAGACUUUAUUGGACUUUGGCUGUCAUCCCAGUCUUCAGGAUUCUGAAGGUGACACCCCUCUUCAUGAUGCAAUAAGUAAGAAACGUGAUGAUAUCCUGGCAGUUCUUCUGGAAGCUGGAGCAGAUGUUACCAUUACAAAUAAUAAUGGAUUUAAUGCACUACACCAUGCUGCACUAAGAGGAAACCCCAGUGCAAUGCGUGUUUUACUAUCUAAAUUACCAAGACCAUGGAUUGUGGAUGAGAAGAAAGAUGAUGGUUAUACUGCUUUGCAUCUGGCUGCCCUUAAUAAUCAUGUAGAAGUGGCUGAACUGUUGGUACAUCAGGGUAACGCAAACCUGGAUAUCCAGAAUGUGAACCAGCAGACUGCCCUACACCUUGCUGUUGAGCGGCAGCACACCCAGAUUGUGAGGCUUUUGGUCCGUGCAGGUGCCAAAUUAGAUAUUCAGGAUAAGGAUGGGGAUACACCUUUGCAUGAAGCCCUGAGGCAUCACACUUUGUCUCAGCUGCGUCAGCUUCAGGACAUGCAGGAUGUGGGGAAGGUUGAUGCUGCCUGGGAGCCGUCCAAGAACACAUUAAUAAUGGGACUUGGUACCCAGGGAGCUGAGAAGAAGAGUGCAGCAUCUAUUGCCUGCUUCUUGGCUGCUAAUGGUGCUGACCUUAGCAUUCGAAAUAAGAAGGGUCAAUCACCACUUGAUCUCUGUCCUGAUCCAAGUCUCUGCAAAGCACUGGCAAAGUGUCAUAAAGAAAAAGUCAGUGGUCAGGUGGGUUCUCGAAGUCCAUCUAUGAUUAGUAAUGAUUCUGAAACCUUAGAAGAGUGUAUGGUGUGCUCAGAUAUGAAGAGAGAUACUCUUUUUGGCCCAUGUGGACAUAUUGCUACCUGUUCUUUAUGUUCUCCUCGAGUCAAGAAAUGCCUCAUCUGUAAAGAACAAGUUCAAUCCAGGACAAAGAUUGAAGAAUGUGUGGUAUGCUCUGACAAGAAAGCAGCUGUUCUUUUUCAGCCAUGUGGACACAUGUGUGCUUGUGAGAACUGUGCUAGCCUGAUGAAAAAGUGUGUGCAGUGUCGCGCAGUAGUUGAACGAAGAGUGCCCUUCAUCAUGUGUUGUGGAGGGAAGAGCUCAGAAGAUGCCACUGAUGACAUUUCAAGUGGAAAUAUUCCAGUGUUACAAAAGGAUAAGGAUAACACCAAUGUCAACGCAGACGUGCAGAAGCUGCAGCAACAAUUACAGGACAUUAAAGAGCAGACAAUGUGCCCUGUGUGUUUGGAUCGUCUGAAGAAUAUGAUUUUCCUCUGUGGCCACGGAACAUGCCAGCUCUGUGGAGACCGAAUGAGUGAAUGUCCUAUUUGUCGAAAGGCUAUUGAACGAAGAAUACUUUUGUAUUAACUAAAAAACUUGAUGUGUUUUGUUAGCUAAGGUAUUUGGUCAUGAGAUCUUAGUGAGCUUUUCAGCUAGUUGGAUGUUCUAAUGAAUUAAUUUUUAAUAUCAUAGUUUCUUUACUAGAGUGUAAUAAGACUGUAAAUGUACCAGAACAGCAACAAAAAACUCUAUGAAACAGUAUUUGAAGCUGUGUUUUUUGUUUUUUUUCCCUUUCAGUUUGAAACAUCAAAUCCAUGUAAUUCAUAGGUAAUUUACCUUUGACCUCUAGGGGGAAAAACUCCUUUAAGGAUCUCCUGUUAUUUUUUAUUUAUACUGAAUUUUCUCUUACAGCUUACGUUAGUUAGCCCUCAAAAGAUUCACUUUCUUAUGAUCAUCCUUCACUUUAUCAUGAUUUCACACAGUGAAUUGACAGAGAUACUCAAAAAAAUCAUGUAUCAAAUGAAAAGGGCAAGUCAAACCAUUAUGUCACAUAUAUUAAAUGAUAAAAUGAUAGUCAUGUUCUGCAUGGUUUAGGGAAUACUGAAAAGAGGAUUCUUUUUUUAAGGUAACAUGAAGUUAUCCAAAUGAUUGGUUCUGAAUUCUUAGAGUUAAUGGUAACAGAAUGAGAGAAUAAUGACUUUGCAUUUAACUUAUUUUCUGGAUUCAGAGGAAAAUUAUUUAACUUGAAUCUAAUUGCCAGUUUCAGAAUGACUGAUAGGCAUGAAAAGGAAAAAUAAGCAGUCAUAGUGGGGAACUGACGGGGAAGGGGGGGAAUUAUCCAAUAAAAUAGUACCUAUUAACUGACCAUUACCAGUUGCCUUUCUUAAUUUAUACAGUGUUUUGUUCAGCCAGCUUUAAAAAAGAAAAAGUCUGUGAAAAAUGUGCCUCAGUUUCCCCUGUGGUUACUUAUCCAGACUUGAUCUGACCAGUGAAAUGAUACUGCUCUCUUUGGGCCUCUGAGGUUCCAUUUAGCUUUUCUAAUGUGCUAAGUAGUGGUGCCCAGGGACCUGAGGAGGGUCAUGCACUGUCCUCAGGCAGUGGUGGUCUUUCUGCAGUAUCUGUUCAUUUUGCCAGCAUUACUGAUUCUACUUUCAUCAUAGGCGUCACUCCCAUUAUCUCUCAGAUACUAUCUCUCAGAUUCUUACUAUGAAGAAAACAGUCUCUCUUUAUACUUAAUGAUGAAGAUUAUUAUUUUAACUUCCAGCAAUAUCCAAGAUGUAGUAAAUAACUGUUGGUAAAUAAGUUUAGAAAGAAUGACUAGGACAUUUACAGAAAUAUGUCUGCUUACCUGUUUUUUUUUUUUUUUUUAACUCAAUCUUUGACUCUAGGACAUCUGAUAAUUUUUUUUCCUCCUUUGAAUGAGUAAUCUUUCAUCAUCUAGGAUGAAUAUACACAUAAAUAAGUGUUUUAGGGUUCAUAACUUCCAGGUUAUAGAAGUAUCAGCUGUUUACAAUAGUAUCUAUUACAUACUAUCUAAGUUUACUCCUAAGAAUAGUUACCUUUUCUCUUACCCACUUCAUUUUUGGCUGCCCUACAGCAAAUGAAACUCCUGGGCCAGAGGUCAGAUCCAAGCUGCAGUCAUGACCUAAGCCUCAGCCGUGGCAAUGCGGGAUCCUUAACCCACUGGGCUGGGCUGGGGAUAGAACCUGCGUCCCAGUGUUCCCAAGAUGCCUCUGAUCCUGUUGUGCCACAGUGGGAGCUCCAGGGUGGUUAACCUUUUUUUGUAGUUUUUCCCCUCUCCUUUGAAUCUGGUUCUUGUUUCAGUUUUUCUGCUCCAAGAACUAAAUUUGAAAGUACAAAGUUUCUAGCUCUCAAAACAUUAUUUUUCUGGCUAUUUAAUGGCAGCUGGCUUUGCAAGUCCUAGUGAAAACAAUGGUGUGCUUUGCUGGUUGACGUUAUAAUCUCAGUAAUUCCAUAUUUGUGCUUAGCUGAUUAACUUAAAAGUUUUUACAAAUUUUAAAUUUGAAAAUUUGUAUCGACUCUACUCAGUUAUCUAAUAAGGGGCCGCUGGGGCUGUUUUUUUAAGCCAUAUUUUAAAGUUAUAAAAAGAUGGAACAUCUGUCUGAUGAUGUUGACAUAAAGGAACAGACGAUUUUCUUUCAUAUUUGAAAACAGUGUAAGUCAGGAUUUUCCUUUUCUUCCUGUGCCAUAGGCUGCCCAUCUCUUCUCCGCUAGAUCAGCUUGUGAGGAGCGAGCCUCUGGCUGCUUCAUGCAUAGUUUGGCCAACCAGAGUAUUGUAUGGUCAAGAGUUCUGCCUCACUCAGACCCUUGUUGUUUGUCUUCUGUGCUGCAGUGAGUGCUUAAAGUUGUAUCCCUAAAAGGUAAUUUCAUCUUCCAGACUAGUGUAUUCCCUCCGUAUAGGAGUUCCCGUCAUGGCUCAGCAGAAAAGAAUCUGACUGGUACCCAUGUGGAUGCAGGUUCAAUCCCUGGCCUUACUCAGUGGGUUAAGGAUCCGGCGUUGCUGUGGUUGUGGUGUAGGCUGGCAGCUACAGCUCAGAUUCAACCCUUAGCCUGGGAACUUCCAUAUGCCGCAGGUGUGGCCCUAAAAAAAUAAAAAAUAAAAGAAUUAAUAACAUAGACUAUUGCAGAAGUCAAAGUCACUAUAAAUGUAGUGCUGUGUGCUUGUGGAUUGCCUUUGUUUGUACCACUUUGAAAUUUGUUUAAGUGAAUAGAAAAUGAUUCUCUGUUGAUGUUUUCAAGCCCUUGAAAAAUUAUUUUAAAUUUUUUGGCAGGUUUGUGAGAGAAUAAGAUUAAGAACUUGUUUAAGUGACUUUCCUCUAACUGUGAAACUGCUACCUCUUAUUAUAUGUCUCAGCAGUGCUUUCCCAAUUAGGAUGUUUCCUUGUCAUUAUCAUCUCUUUAUCUUGUGCCUCAAAAGAGUUUUUGCUUUUCCUAGAAUUACUUAAAAAUUACAUUCAUUCAUAGAAAAAAAAACAUAUUUAUUGAGCGUGGGAGGCUAGAUACACAACAUUGAAAAAAUUGUCAGGGUUUUGGCACAUGCAGAAUUUAUCAUGCAACCAUUGGAUAUUUGAAGUGAUCCCUUCAAAAAGAAGGCAUCUAAAGAUCCUGAUAACAUAUCUUCCUAAUACUUGGAGGAAUUGUCAUUGAUAGUAUUCAGAUUCCCUCUCUGUACCCCCUGACUCCUACCACAUUUUCUCUUUUUUAUUCUUCUAACUAAUGUUGUCAGCUUUGUUACCCAGAACAUACAUACAACCUACCAGAUGGUGCUAUUCUAGUAGUUUUUCUUCACAUACUUUAACAUUCUUACUGCUUAUACUAUAUACUUAGAUAUUUAAUUUUGUUGGGAGCAAGAAAGUUUUUCAAGAGAAGAUCAUUUUGUAUUAGUAUAGGAAUAUUAUAUUACACAUGUGUUUUAGUUUAGCUGGCCAAAUUAUGCUUGGUUGUUUGUAAUUUUAAACAUUGCAAAUUGGCCGUCUAGCUACUGAGGCAUAAAGUUAAUUGAUAAUGUUGAAAAUAACUUUCUUAAAUUUAUAACUUUGAUGGCUUCAGCCUAUGAGAGCAUUUUAACAUAUUGCAAUGCAUGCUGCUUAAGAUUUAGGUCCAAUUCAAAUUUAAAAGCUUGCUGGGUCAUUUUUACAUAGUAGAAAUAGACUCUCUAGUUAUGUGUUGCCCAAUUACUGUUAUUUAUUAUGAAUUUGGGGCCCUCUUGGACAAGAAAUUAUUUAAACUUAUGAACUAGGAGAAUUGGUGAUGAGGUUGCACAGGGAGGACAGUAGGGAUUGCAGAAUAAAAAUCAGGUUUUGAGUUUAGAGAAAAGAGGUCAUGUCUAUUUUAUUAAUGUGGUAAGUGUAGAGAGUAGACUUAAUUGGAUAAAGGGUCUUUCAGCCAGUUUUUAGUGUAGUUUAAUUGACAAUUGCUUUGGAAAUUAUGGACUUUAAUAAGUCUAUAAUUAGACUUGCUUAUAGCUUGCUUAAAAACAAAAUCCAAAAAGAAAAGCACUUAUCUUCUCAGAGCAUCUAAAAUAUUUUAUAGGAAUAAUUUCUGUAAAAAUCGAAUUUUGGAAUAGAAUAUUUUGCAUUUUUUUACUGUGGUAAAAACAUAUAACAUGAAAUUUACCAUCUUAACCAGUUUUAAGUGUAUAGUUAAAUGAUGUAAGUCUAUUCACAUUGUUGUGAAACAUCUCUAGAACUUUCUCAUCCUUGAAAACUUGAAACUAUACCCGUUAAGCAACAAUCCCCCUCUUUCUCUUCUGCCAGGAGGAAUAGAAUUUUGAUUAAAUGUAAAACAAGAAACACCUGAAUAUCUCCAGUGUUUGUGUUGCAAGAUCUGAAGUUAUGGUAAACAUUGAGUUCCUAAAAUUUGAAGGAGAUAGAAUUUCUUCCCUCCCUCCCAGUUAUCUUCAGUCAUAAUUGAGUGGAUUUCAAAUGUCUAUUGAUUAGAAGAGCUUGUUAUUUCAUUUUGAGCCAGAGGGGAGAAACAUGUUUUAAACAUUAGAAUUAGGUUAACUCUGAAUUUGUACUAAAUUGGAAAAGUAGCAGAUCUUCACAAAUUAUGUGUGCCUUGUUGAAAAUGUUACUUGUUUUUAAGUCUGCUUGUAACUGUUUCAAAUAUUUUUUUUCUGACCUAUUUUAUUUGCUUGAAUAUUAUGAUAGGAAUGCUUACCGAUAAUUACUUGAUAAUCGUAUAUAGCCUUGGAACUUUAACAUUUAUAUAAAGCUAUACAGUAUUAAUAAUUACAGCUGUACUUCUUUAAAACAUUAAAUUUGAGGAAAAACUAUUUAAUACUGUGUCAUGUGUACAUUGCUUUGCUACAGUGAGAGGGAAAAUUUUUUAGAUUGAGCCUCAAUUUGCUGAUAAAUGGUCAGUAGUUGGUGAAACUAGAGUAUGAAAAUAUAAACUAGAUAGUAGAACUGAUGAAUGAAAAGUUGUAAGUUGCUACAUCAGCAUUUUCUAUCUCCCUCCUUUUCUGUCAGAGUAUUACUUUUCCAGCAUGCGUUCAUAUUUGUGAGCUAAGAAGGAGAUGGGAAUCUGAGGUUGAAGUUGUGAUUAUCUUGUUGAGGAAGCUAGUAUGUACAAGAAAGGUGACUUCCCACAUCAAUUUGGUGCCUAAAUCUGUAACUACAAGUUACAAUGAUGCUUACAAAAUGUAUAAGAAAGAUAAUAUUGCUGAAUAUUUUACUUUUUUUGUGAAGUCUAUUUAAUUCUGUUUCAUAAACAUGACUUCUUCUUCCCAAAAGCAAAAUGGUGUUGUGAUUUUCUAUAAAAUAAAUGUGCCAUUUUGUCUGAAAUCUGUAAUUUCAGGAAGCUAUUGAAAGUUCUGACUCAGGGCUUUUUAAGAGUUUAAGCAAUUGUUAAUUAUAUUUUGGAAAAUUCAUCUACAUAAUUCUUCAGUGCCUUGAAAGAAUUAUAAACUUGGCAACACUACUAAAACUUUACAGAAGGUGGUCUUUAGUGUGUGUUUAUCAUUACACACACAUUCAUAAGUCGUGUUACUUGUGUUGUAAUAAUGAUACUGCUUGUGUGCUGGGUUUGGGUAAUUCUUUCUUUAAAGGAAUUUCCUUAGAUUUGCACUUGAAAUUUGUUUUUUGUUUUUUUUUAAAAAAUGAGUUAUUUAUGGCCAUGACACUGUUACCAGGAAAGUACUUGUUAAGUCAUUAUGAAAAGUCAUGUAUAAGUAGCAUCUGGAAAGAGGAGCUAGAGUUCAUACAGUUUACUAUUUUAGUAUAAAAGGAGAAUCUGUUUGGUAAACACAGAUUGUCUUCCUCUCAAAUGAAAAAAAAAAAAAAAAAAAGACCUUUUGUUCAAGUGAUUUGGUUAAUAAAUAACCAGAAUCACGAAGUGCAUGACAUUUUAAAUGGUAGUCUUACUUAGACCGAAUCCCCCCAAUCAAUACUCUUGUUACAUUCAGUAUGCUUGUGUCUUUCUAAAUGCAGUAUAUUCAGCAAUAGAAGGUGGUUUAAUUGACUUACAGCUUUGUUUUGCUUUGUAUCUUUCUAGUGUUUUUUAGCUUUCACUUAAUUAGGUUUAAAGUCUUGUUUGUGAGUAUAGAUUUUGUAUGACAAAUGAUUCUUGCUUAUUAGCUUUUGUUUAAAGAAUGCGUAGCAAGAGCUAAGCUUUUAAAAAUGAAUGCAUUUACCAUUAAUAAAGCCUGUGAUAUUAUAUAA